AUGUCCCGCUCAGCAGCAGACGCAACCCGCUUCACGGCCACAGGACCGUAUGUCAGUUCCAAAGCUCCAUACCGACUUCCGGACUCCUUGACAACAAAUAAACAAUCGCCUCCUUCCACCUCUCAGUCUACAUCAACCUCCUCGAUACAAAGCCCCUCUAAUCAGAAUUCGUCAUCACCGCCAGGCGAAACACCAAGACAAAAAGUCGAGCGUCUCCGUGCCCAAGCGCGCUCCGCCCGCCUCGCACAGAGCGGCAAUGCAUUCGAUAGGAUAAUCGAGAGGGGUCGAAGGGUGGCUAAUAGUGCUCACAAAGUGAUGAUUUAUACCCUCAUCACCGCAUCUGGCGUCUGCGGCGCUCUAACACUCUACUCCGUCGUAUCCCUUACAAUGUGGAACCGCCGCCAGCGUGAACUCUGGCUUGACAGACAACUCCAAGACCUACAGGCUGCACGCGAAGCAUAUAUCGCCGGCACCGCGACGGCCGAACAACUCGAGAUUCUGCGCAACGAGAAAAUCGGCGAGAUUGAGCAGCAAAAACGUAAAGAGGCCGACGAGCAGAAGUUGUGGAAUAGGACGAAGAAGUUCUUGUUCGAAGGGUUGAAGAAGGACGAUGUUCCUGACAUGGUCACCUCUGCGGCUACAGCGACGGGGGCGACGACGACGGAGUUGAUAAAUAGCAAGAAGUCCGAAGGAGAGGCGACAUCUUUCGGAAUAUUGGAGGCUGUGAAUGCGAAGAAAGCAGAGGCACAGAGCAAUAUUAAUGCUCAAGGACCUGGGUCGUUGGAUGCGUUGGCAUCGAAUGUCGAGACCACGGCAAAGCAAUCUGUCAAGGGCUGGACGAGUUGGAUAUGGGGACGAUAA